GUAUUAUUUCAAUGGUGGCUUUUGACAUUGACAACGUGUCUUAUGUCAUUAGAGAGAAAUAUUUAAUUUGUAUUGGUUUAAUUAAAUAAUUUUAAAAGAUGACAAGUCAACCUUCCAAAUCGGAUCUUGAGGCAGUUUUCCAACGAUUGCGUUCCAUCCCCGCGAAUAAGACGUGCUUCGAUUGUAGUGCAAAGAAUCCGACAUGGGCCAGUAUUACAUACGGGGUGUUUAUCUGCAUUGACUGUUCGGCGGUUCAUCGGGGUCUCGGCGUGCAUUUAACAUUCGUACGUUCAACACAGCUUGAUACUAAUUGGACAUGGAUGCAGUUACGACAAAUGCAAGUCGGCGGAAAUUCAAAUGCUUUACAGUUUUUCACGCAACACAAUUGUGUCACGACGGAUGCCCAGAAGAAGUACAACUCAAGAGCGGCACAACUAUAUCGUGAAAAAAUCCAACAAUUGGCCUUCAAAGCUACCCAAAAUAAUUCUGAGUUGAGGAAUGUGCACACCUCAGAAGAAAAUAAGUUACAUAUUCAUCCCAGUGUGGAAGAGAAAGAAGAGAAGGAGGUGGAUUUUUUCACAGAGCAGAACACCCUCGUAUCUCACCAUACAACUACCUUCGAUGAAACUAAGACAGAACAGAAAACAUCCGAAUCAGAUAUUUCCCACAAAGAAGGCCCGACGGUUGAUUUUACAAUGAGUUUGAGUAACACAGAACAUAAACCGACUAUCGGAGCACGCAAGGUUCAACCGAAAAAAUUAGGAUUGGGCGCCAAGAAAGGCGGUCUGGGCGCGACGAAGGUGAAAACGAAUUUCGCGGAUUUGGAACGCGAAGCGGCGUUGGCGGAAGAGUCGCGCUUGAGGAUGCAUGAAGAGAGCGUGAAAGCCGCAGCGCUGUCCGCGCAAGAGCAGGAAGAACGCGACGCGGCGGUACGUCUCGCAUAUCGGGAUCUUGGGGCGGAGCAACAGAAGAGGGAGGAGCAUUUAAAAAAAGUCGAUCCUCGGAAGGCGGAACAGAUGGAGAGAUUGGGAAUGGGUUUCCAAGCGAAAUCCGGUGUCAGUCACUCAGUGCUAAGUGAUAUGCAGACAAUCGAACAAGAAAAUCUACACUCAACAUCCAGCAGUCUUAGUUCGCUGGGAAAACUGAGACUAUCCGAUACAGAUGGGUUCUUUGACGAAUAUUCUUAUGGUAGUGGAUUUAGUAUGAAUCGUAAUAGUAACUCUGGAUUUGACUUGGGCAAAGAUUCAUUUUAUUCGGACACAAGUAGCUCAAAAGAUAGUUGGGUGGUUGUGGAUGAUCCUCCAGUUGAAAUGUCCAAAAGCAGACCACGACCAGUGGAUCGCACACCUACUCGAAGUAGUGGAGUAGAUAGUACAGACAUAGCUCAAAAGAAAUUUGGUAGUGCAAAGGCUAUAUCAUCUGAUCAAUUCUUUACCGAUCGUAGUAAUGACUAUGAACAUCAAACAACUUUAAGUCGUUUCCAAGGAUCAUCCAGUAUUUCCUCUUCAGAAUUUUUCGGUAACGGGAAAGAUACUUCUCCAUCUGGAAGCAAAUUUCAAGCGCCCGAUCUUGAAGAUGUAAGAGAAAGUGUUCGACAAGGCGUAACUAAAGUCGCUGGCAAAAUUAGUUCUCUUGCCAAUGGCGUAAUGUCUUCAAUACAAGAACGCUACGGAUACUAGCCUAAUAGUGUUAUUAUUUAUUGUAAUUAGUAAUAUAUGUUUAUUAUUAGAGACUUUGGUUAUUGUAUAUGAUGUGAAUAUUGUGUGCUGCAAUUGUAAAUCACACGCUUUGCUUUUAAUUUUGUAUAUUGAUUAUUUUAAAGACAAUCUAUUUUAUAUGUAUUUC